CGAAACGACACAAAGAAAUCCUCCUGAUAUUGCUGAGCGAGGAAGCUACGAGUCAUGUAUAUUGGGCCAUGGCAGGAGUAUCGACUGGCCAAGAUCCAGGACGAUGCGAUUCAGAGACUGCGUCAGGAAUGGGAGGCCCAGUUGUGUGAUCAACUGGCCCCAGGGGACGAUGACCGGAUCCGAGAGCUCAUGCAGCCACUGGUUGCAAAGCUUCCUUCGAUGUUGUUAGCUGCCAAGUCGAGGACAAAUGGAUCGAGUACGAGCUCGAGGAAUGGACAUUUGACGAGAUCACGUAGCAGUAUUAGCUCUGAAGCGAGCACUCGAUACUCCAGUCGACCAGAGUCGGCACGAUCAAGUGUCUCUACUGUAUCGACGAGGUCUAUAACGAGUCACAGGAGUGUACGAGAGACUGGUGUAGUGCAUCGACGUACAAAACCACAUGAGAAUAAUCAGGAAACACACGAUGGAAGCUCAUCAAGAGCUCCAUUCAAGCCUCCAAAGCCAAAGAAGAGCAAGAAAGCACUCACGGCAUUGGAGCAGGUGCAGAAACGCAAGAAAAUGUUUGCAACGUGGAUCAAACAAGCCGGUAAUAAUGACAAGAGUGACGCACCAGAACAAGGAACACCAGAAGCUAAAGCGGAGAUGAAGGAGGUUGUGAAGGUCAGCGUCAAAUUGCCAUCCAUACAAUCUGCUCGUCCUGCCAGUGCUGCGACCUUGAUCAGUGAUAAUAGAAGCUCCAAGGUCUCGUCACCCUUAAAAAUGCCACCUCUCAACAAGUUGAGCAUAUCGACAAACGCGUCUCCAAGCGAAGAGCUCUCACAUCAAGCAACAGUCAUGUCACCUCGAUUCUCGCCGUCCUCUAAUGCCGCUGACGUCGAUCUAGACGAGUCCGUGGACGAGGAGGAAAUCAACAAAUUACUGAAUUGGACCGACACUCUGCUCUCUCCGCAAGCCAUGGAUUCUCUCUGCAAUUUUGACGACUGAGCUUGUGAUGCGGAUCCUCCAGCAAAAUUCGUCUGUGUCUCCGGUUUUCAGUGUUCAUAGCCGUCUAUAAAUUAACUGAUUCACUCGCAUCUUCCUCCUACACAGUUACCAUACUAGUCACAGCCCCAUCUCGUCACUCACAAGGUCGAAACUGCUUCGGCGGCCGAGGACUCGACGAGUUCUGCUCUCCGUUCCCUCUUUUGCCAGAAACCUACAGCACCGCAAACCAUUGUUAAUAAACAAAUAAUACUUCAUCAUUCUCUAUCAC